AUGCGUUUCUUGUUUACUCUGUUGUUACUAUUGACAACGUCCUCCUCCAUCAUUCAUGUGGUUGUGCACGCAACCAUCCUUGUCACUUCCUCAAACACGACUUUUGUGGAUCAUCCUGCAGCAUUUGGUCCAAGGUUAUCUGAGAAUGGGAAAAUCGGCUAUCUUGUCGAAUCCAAGCAUGAUCCUACCGGUUGCAGCAUUGUCGAGCCACCUUGUGAUGAUUGGAUCGCCCUUGUUCAAAGAGGUGGAUGUUCGUUUAUCACCAAAGUAAGAAACAUGCAAAGGAGUGGAGCAUCCGCUGUAGCCGUCGGUGAUCCUGAACAUCCUGGGCGUUGGAUUACAAUGUAUGCACCUGGCGAUACAUCAGACGUCUUGAUCCCAAGCGUAUUCUUAGCUCAAAGGGAAUACCUUGCUCUCUUGUCUCUUGCAAGCUUGGCCAAUGCACCCUUGCAGGUACACAUGCAAGUCGAUGAUUUUAUUUCAUGGCCACUCAUUGAUGUCCUCAUCAUUGUCAUUGUAUCACCCACCAUCAUGCUUUUCUUUAUUUACAUCUCUUGGCAAAUUCGACAAAGACAACGACGACAACAAGAAUUGGCUCCUUACGACAUGGUCUCUCGUCUUCAACUCAAAAAGUUCAGCCAUGAAAAAGUCAAAGAGAAUGAAAGGGAAGAAUGCGUCAUUUGCUUGGAAGACUAUCAAGAAGGCGAAGAUCUCCGAGUGUUGCCGUGCCAACAUGACUUCCAUGCAGCAUGUGUAGAUGCUUGGCUCACGACGCAAAAGAAAUUCUGUCCGAUUUGUAAACGAGAUAUCUCAUCCAACACUGUGUACAGACCCAACAGCGAAUUUACACCACUCUUGGAUGCUUGA